CCUCCCCGAGGUUCGCAUCUCGGACAACGGUCCCUACGAGUGUCACGUGGGGAUUUACGACCGAGCCACGCGGGAGAAAGUGGUCCUGGCCUCUGGGAACGUGUUCCUCAACGUGAUGGCUCCUCCGACGUCCAUCUCGGUGCUCGCUGCCGACACGCCAGCGCCCUUCAGCCGCUACCAGGCGCAGAACUUCACCCUGGUGUGUGUGGUCUCUGGUGGCAAGCCCGCCCCGCUGGUUUACUUCAAGCGAGACGGGGAACCCAUCGAGGCCACCCCUCUGCCGGAGCCGCCGGCCGGCGCCGGGAACUGGGAACCGCGGAACCUCCUUCACCGCGACCUGGACGACACCAAGGUGCCCAAAUCGUUGGCGGCCGAGGGGGAGGAGGGAGAUACCCCGGCCUCCUCCCGUCCCCUAAGGGGGUUGGCGGCCGAGAGGGGUCCCGUCACCGAGACCAUCCCCGAGACGGUGGUGAGCCGGGAGUUCCCCCGGUGGGUGCACGUGGCGGAGCCCAUCUACUACUUCCGCCACACCCACGCGCCCGUCAGCGACGGGACGGUGGAGGCUCGAGCCACCCUCACCUGGACCCUCAACCCCCAAAUCGACAACGAGGCGCUCUUCAGCUGCGAGGUCAAGCACCCGGCGCUCUCCAUGCCCAUGCAGUCCGAAGUCACCCUGG